AGUUAAAUCAAAUCAUCUCACACAUAAUUCACCAUAACACAUUUCUUCCUCAACUAACCAUCUACAAAUAACAUGAAAUUCAUCAACAACAUGAACAACAUUGACCUCAAAAUUUUCUACAUAGUCCUAGUAUGUUUUGCAGUAGAAACAUGCAUGGGUCACAUAUUCAAUGAUCAACCAGCAGCAAACAUUGAACCACUACCAGAGGUUGAACCACAACCAAUCUUCCGUCAUCACCCGGCGAAUCCUCACCCGAAUCGUCACCACCCGAAUCAUCACCAGGCUGAUCCUCCCACCCAUUCUGCACAUUCACAAUCACCUCAUGAAUCUCCCAGGUCAUCACCAGGAUCAGAAGAAGCCGAAACCGAAUCAGCACAUGGUCGCACCUCAUUCGGCCAUUCAUCUUCCUUCAAAGCUGCAUUCUCCGACAUUCUAAAAGGCUCCAUCCGCAGACCCGCUAUGGCUGACUCCGAACGCUCCGAAGCAAAACAAAGCAGCCUCGGAAUCGAACAGAUCUGCAUGCACACCGAGUACCCCGACAUUUGUCUCGCAACCAUCAACCCUCUUCUAACUCAAAACUUCGACAUGAUUAAUGUCCUCGAAGCCGCGAUUAAAGCCUGUUCGAUUCAGAUUAAGCUGACAAUAGCUAAGGUGGCUAAACAUGCAGCUAGGAACCCUGAGGUUGCUAAUGCAGUUUUUGAAUGUAAGGAUCAAUACAAAAAUGCUAUGGACAAUCUUCAAAAAGCUAUGGACGCUCUUCCGGCCCGUGAUCUCGGAACCGUUACCGUUAUGCUUAGUACUGUUAUGGCUGAUGUUUCUACCUGUGAAAGUGCUUUUGAGGAUAUGAAACAAUCACCUAACCAUGAACAGUCCAAGGCUGAUGGUUUAGUUAGUAUCACUGUUAGCAAUUGUCUCUCAAUUGCUAGCUUGAUUCCCUAUUAAUUCUAAUUAAUAGGUGAAUUUUGUGCAUGUUAUAUGCACUGAGUAAAGUUUUAGGCGAUGAAAAAUUUGCCUUGGAUUAUAUAAUCUAUAGUAUUAUGUACUAUAUAGGAAAAUAAUAAUUAGUUGGUAAAGAGUACAAACUCUUGAUGAAGAGAUCUUUGUGUAACUGUAAUGUAUAUGUAUUAAUAUGCACUAUUGAUGCAUUCUUUUGUUAAAUUAAAUUAUAUUUCUUUGGUAA